CAAAACCAGCACCCACUUCAAAACGGUUGCAGGAAGUCAAGCAACGCUAAAUUUUGUUGUAUUGUUGCCACGGAACUCGUGCAGUGGAUUUUAAACUCAGGCCAUCAAAUUUACUGCCGCCACACAGAGUUCCCUAUUUAACUAAUAUAUUACCUUUUAAGGCAACCGUACACCAAGAUGCCACCCAAGAAGCGCAAUUCUGGGACGACACAGAUCAAGGAUGUGAAAAGUGCCGAAAGUGUCUCUCCAAACAAGAAGGAGUGUCCAGAGUUGUCUUUUAAAAAGCACAGGGACAAGGAUGCGGAGUUCGUGACGCUGUGUAAGAGCCUCCAUGUGACGGACCUGGUGUGCGAGGGUUCCUGGGAGCUAUGUAAAAGCGUCCAGGUGUCCAUGGAUGAAAUCGCCGACGGUCCGAGGAAGGUCUGGGUUGCUUGUCUGUUUGUGACGGCGACAGAUGCGAAUGUUGCUAGUUUCACUUUAACUCAAGUUCUGAAAGCAGUCAAUCUGAAUGUACCGCAGUUUGUAGCUCUGGUGAGGAAGUUGGAUGUGAACAUGGAUACCAUCAGCUCCAAGGUGAAUUCAGCACUCACACGAGUGGAGAAGAAGUACGGUGUGCUGCUGGUUCUCUACCAGCGGUUUGAGAAAACGUGCAGGAACAUCUUUGCUCCGGCUUCUGACAAUCCGGAGAGGGAGACCAUGCGGAGCUGCUGGACAAUGUUUCUUUUAGCGAAAGGAAGGGUCUUGCAGAUGGAGGAUGACCUGGUCAUAUCAUUCCAGCUGCUGCUUUGUACGCUGGAGUUAUUCAUCAAGCGUUGCCCUCCAGACCUUCUGCAACCUCUUUACAAAUCAGCCAUCAGGAAAGUUCAAAGCCCUCCGACACGAACAUCUCGGCGCAGCCAGAGCAAGGCCAAGUCCCGACCUCUGGAGCCAGAGGUGGAUUUGCAGCUUCUGAAGACCUUAUGCAAUGAGAAUGAAUGCAAUGGAGAAGAGGUGAAGAAUGUAUACCAGACCAGUUUCUUGGCUUUCCUGGAGUCUCUCGACUCUUCGAAGUCUCCAGAUUUUCCUCAGGCUAAAGACCUCAACCAACAAUACGAAGACCACUACCUCAAGAGUAGAGACAUUGAUGGGCGACUGUUUUUUGACGGAGAUGAGACGGUUCUUCCUUCUAAAUUGGAGAUAUUACAGGAGGAGAAAACCCCAAAGAAGAACCUGCCAGAUGAAGAAGUACUCAUUCCUCCACAGACCCCAAUCAGAAAUGUCAUGACUUCCAUUCGGGACCUGAGGGGGGAUCUCACCUCCAACGGCGAUCAGCCAUCUAAUAACCUGGCUACAUAUUUCAAAAACUGCACCGUGGACCCGACGCAGGAUGUGCUGAAGCGCUUGGAGACGGUCGGGCAGGAUUUCAGCCAAAAGUUUGGAGAGACAGUCGGCCCGCACUGUGUAGCACUUGGUUGGCAGAGAUUCAAACUUGGCGUCAGACUGUAUUACAAAAUCAUGGAGGCGAUGCUGAAAUCGGAAGAGAAGCGACUGUCUGUACAAAAUUUCAGUAAACUACUUAAUGACGCCACAUUUCACACAUCGCUGUUGGCCUGCGCUUUGGAGGUGGUGAUGGCAACGUAUGGAGAGAGCAGCUUUAUGACCAGAGGAUACAACCAUGCUGGUGCCGGUAACCCAGUUGAAAAAGACUUGUGCUUCCCCUGGAUACUGGAUGUGGUCCACCUGCCAGCCUUAGACUUCUACAAAGUCAUCGAGAGUUUCAUCAAGGCCGAGCCCACUCUGAGCAAAGAUAUCGUCAAACACCUGGAGACCUGCGAGAACCUCAUCAUGGAGAGGAUUGGAUGGAGGAGGAACUCGCCGGUGUUUGAGCUGCUGAAGCAGGAGCAUGGAGGCGGAGCAGCAGAUCAGGUGGAGACCCCGGCCAGCAUCAGCCAACCGCUGCAGCACAACCACACCGCAGCUGACCUGUACCUGUCCCCCGUGCGUGGAGGCCUUCGUGACUUGCCUCCCGAAUCCCCGGCCACGCCCACUUCUCAAACUUUAAACCAGCCCGCUGGCCAAACUCCACGACUCCCAAAAUCCAACUCGCUCAGCCUCUUCUAUAAAAAAUUGUACCGCCUGGCGUACACCAGGCUGCAGUUGCUCUGCUCCUCCCUGCUCUCCUCCCACCCCGAACUGGAGCCCAUCAUAUGGACGCUGUUCCAGCACACGCUGCAGCACGAGUACGAGCUGAUGAGAGACCGUCACCUCGACCAGUUGAUGAUGUCGGCCAUGUAUGCCAUCUGUAAAGUGAAGGGUGUUGAUCUGCGCUUCAAGACCAUCGUCACAGCUUACAAGGACAUGGCCAACACCAACCAGGAGACCUUUAAGCACGUGUUGAUCGCCGAUGGCCACUACGACUCCAUCAUCGUUUUCUACAACCAAGUGUUCAUGCAGAAGCUGAAAACCAACAUCCUGCAGUAUGCGUCUACCAGGCCACCCACCCUCUCUCCGAUCCCACAAAUACCCCGGAGCCCUUAUAAGUUCCCCAAUUCACCUCUACGAGUGCCCGGCAGCAACAACGUGUACAUCUCCCCUCUGAAAAGCUCACGCAUGUCGCCGGGUAUCAUGACUCCUCGUUCCAAAAUGCUGGUAUCAAUCGGGGAAUCCUUCGGGCUGCCCAAUCGGUUCCAGAAGAUCAACCAGAUGGUCAACAGCGGCGAACGCUCCUUCAAGAGGUGUCUGGAUCCCGGCUCGGCUCCGAAGCCUCUGAAGAGGUUGCGGUUCGACGUGGACGGGCAAGAUGAAGCCGACAGCAGCAAAUCUGGACGAGAUUCUGCGCUGAUACUGAAGCUUGCAGAGAUGAGCUCCACUCGCAAUCGCAUGCAGGAGCAGAAGAUGAAGGAGGACGCAGAAUCGAAGGAGUAACUGAAAAAGCUACUGAAGUGACCUGCACUGUUCAUCACGACGUGAACACAACGCUUUUGUGUACACACAAAGAAACAUGAGUGUCAUUUAGUAUUGGUUACUAGUUUGUAUUUAAAUUUGAAGAGUAAUAUGUGAAUCCAGAGGGCUUUCUUCUCUCUUUAUGUUGAUGCUCGGUCUGUGUUUUAAUUGAAUAAUGGUUGAUGUCAUUUAAGAUUUAGUAGGUCUGCUUUUAAGCGUGAUAUUAAUUUGUGGUUGUUAAAGAAAUCUUUGCUGGCUUCCUUGUUAAAUAAUUGGUUAAACGUUUUACCACCAUCAGGACCUUCAUAUGGUGAAGACAUUCUUUUAUAACGUUUCAAUCAUGAUGUUGUUCUAUCAUGAUCUCUUCUCUCAAAAAGGAUCAAACGUCUCUCCACGCAGGAGUUUUACUCGUAAAGUGUAUUUUACCCAGGAACUUGUUUGGAACUUCUUGGAAAAGUCUAGUUUUUGCCAUAAAGGGAGACUUGUAAAACAAAAAGAAAUAUCAAGGAAAAUGAUAUAGCAUAUAAUUUGCACUCAACCAACAUGCAUGUCAUUUUAUAGGAUUUGGUUAACGGGUUAUGUUUGUUUUUGUGUAUAGUUUUGUAUUAACUUUUCUUUGUACUUUUCCUACAGUGUUUCAAUUAGAAUAUUUUCACAUUCUCACAUUUAUCUACUGAUAAGUUGGUUACUGUUUGGAUCUGGGAGGUUUAUGAGAACUAGAGGGAAAAUAUUACAGUGAUUCAUGCGCACCACGUAGAGCAUUAAUAAGAAUUCCAUAAAACUAAACCAAGGUAAAAUAUAUUGUGACAAAUGUCAAAAUAGCUGAGUUUUUUUUUAAUUAAAAUGUGUUUAUAUUGUACUUUAUUGGAGUAGUUCCUUAAAAAUGUAGUAAAUAUUUCGUUUGAAAAAAAAAA